AUGUGUGAAUUCACCCAGCGGGAAUACAGCUGCGGCCACUUCAAGUUCAUCGCCGCCCGCUGGUGCAACCUCUACAAACGCACCCACCGGCGCUGCCAGCCCGAUAUUGCCCAUUUUGAAUACAGAGCCGACGAGAUUUGUGGACAAUGCCGUCCACAAGAAGUGCCGGCAUGGCAGCACCUCAUCCGUAGCAACGCCCCCAUCAGCAUCACCGGCAUCACCGGCAUCAACAGCCUCGACGACUGCUGCCGCGACCUGGACCUCGUGCCCUGGCUCGGCGCCGACCGCCCGGGCUCCUGCACCCGCCGGCCGCCAACGACGUGCCGGCCAGGCAGCAUGACACCGCUCUCGCUCUCCUCUCGCUCCGGGUCCGGCAUGGGCGUGCCUGUCUCGGCGUCGUCGCCGUCGUUGCCGUCGUCGUCGGCAAGUUCGUCUACCGCAUCGUCUUCAAAGGCGUCCAAGACAACGUCCGGCACAGCAACAACCUUCGGCUCCAAUACCGUUUUAUCCGGCAAAAUUCGCCGGCAUUCGAAUCGAGCAUCGGUGACUCUGCGGCAGUAG